GAGGCCCAGCCCCGCCCCCGUCGACCAUCGCGGGGCUGAACUCUGCGUGCGGGAAGGGCGGGAGCUGUGUCUGCCCCUCAGCUACGGCGGCGGUUGCAUGGAGCUCCCGGAGGAGGAGGAGGAACCGGAUUGGCUUUGCCCGGAGCCUGGCGGUCCUGGGAGCCACGCGGCGCCCGGGAGAGGCUCCUCCGCCACUCUCGGAGCACAAUCAGGUCAUGACAAGACUGUGCCAUCAGGAAGUACAGCACACAGGGUAAUUGUCCAUACUGACCUGGACUGCUUUUAUGCACAAGUAGAAAUGAUCCAUAAUCCUGAAUUAAGAGACAAACCUUUAGGUGUUCAGCAGAAAUACUUGGUUGUUACCUGUAACUAUGAAGCCAGGAGACUUGGAAUUCAGAAACUUAUGUCUGUCAGAGAUGCUAAAGAAAAAUGCCCAGAGCUAGUGCUAGUUAAUGGAGAGGACCUGACACAAUACAGAGAAAUGUCAUACAAGGUUACAGAGCUAUUGGAAGAAUUCAGUCCACUGGUAGAAAGACUUGGAUUUGAUGAAAAUUUUGUGGAUAUCACAGAGUUGGUAGAGAAGAGAUUAGCACAGCUGCAAAGAGAUGGCUGUUCCAAAGUGUCUGUGUCUGGUCAUGUGUAUAAUAAUCAAACUGUCAAUUUACAUGAUGUUAUGCAUAUAAGACUUGUCAUUGGAUCUCAGAUUGCAGCAGAGAUGAGGGAAGCCAUGUACAAUAGAUUGGGUCUUACAGGCUGUGCAGGAGUGGCCUCUAACAAAUUACUAUCUAAACUAGUAUCUGGCACCUUCAAACCAAAUCAACAAACAAUUCUUCUACCUGAAAGCUGUCAGGACCUAGUAGGCAGCCUCGAUCACAUCAGCAAAGUUCCUGGGAUUGGCUAUAAAACUACCAAGCGCCUAGAGUUGCUGGGUCUCAGCAGUGUGCGUGAUCUCCAGACCUUUUCACCUGUAAUACUAGAAAAGGAACUAGGAGUUUCAAUGGCUCAGCACAUUCAGAAGCUCAGCUAUGGAGAUGAUGACUCCCCUGUGGCCUCCUCUGGACCUCCUCAGUCCCUUAGUGAUGAAGAUUCUUUUAAAAAAUGUUCAUCAGAAGUGGAAGUUAAAAAGAAAAUUGAAGAACUACUUGCUAACCUUUUAGACAGAAUAUCCAAAGAUGGAAGAAAGCCACAUACAAUAAGAUUAACCAUCCGUAAAUUUUCAUCAACUAAUAAAUGGUUUAGUCGGGAGAGUCGUCAGUGUCCUAUUCCCUCUCAUGUCAUUCAGAAAUUUGGGACAGGAAACUAUGAUGUUGUGGCCCCACUGGUUGGUAUCCUUAUGAAAUUGUUUAGAAAGAUGAUAAAAGUGGAGAUGCCAUUUCAUCUUACACUUCUGAGUGUCUGCUUCUCAAAUCUUAAAGCUCUGCCUAGCCUCACCAAAGGAUCCAUAGGAUUUUAUUUAACGCGGUCGUCACCCCCUUCAAGUUCUGGCAAAAAAAUGGAUGAUGUUUCACAAGUCCAGGUGAACUCCUGCAGUUUUGUACCAGAUGGAAGAAUUAGAAAUACAAGAACUAGAGAAUCUUCACUAGAAACCAAAAGCUGCGCAGAAGAACCUGGAAUUCCUGUUUGCCCAAUUCAUUUGCUUCCUGCUGGCAUUGACCAGGAAGUCUUCAGUCAGCUUCCAGAAGACAUUAAAGAGGAAAUUAUUUCUGACACAUCUGGGCAAAGGAUCCAUACAAAGAAUGUUUUGAGCCAGCCAUUACCUUUUUCUAAAGGAGCACUACCAUUUUUUGCACAAGAAGAAAUGCACACUACCCCAAAUUCCAGAAGAGCAGAUCAUAGUAUCAGCAGUCUGGUAUGCAGUGAACACUUUCAAUCUACCAGUGAGCUGGAGACAGCCAUGGUACACAGGCCUAAUCCUAAUUGUAGACUCAGUCUACAGGAUCCUCCUGAGUACCCUGAAAGUGCACUAAUAAAUAACUGUAUGGAACAAGUACCUAAGGAAUCACUGAAUUUCAGUAGCACUGAUUCAAUUGUAUUGAACUUGCAAAGUCAACAUUUUCUUCAGCCCCACAGUUCAGACAGACAAGAGCAGCCCAUUGGAGCAGCCUCUCAGAAUAAAGGUCCGAGAGAGCAAGCAUCAGGAGAAGGAAGAAUUGUAUUUCCUCCUAAUGUUGACCCAAAUAUUUUUUCUGAACUACCUGCUGAAAUGCAAAAGGAACUACUGGCUGAAUGGAAGAAUCUAAAACCUGUUUCCAAAAUGCAUCUGAAUAAACCUGAAAAGCUAAAAACAAACAAAGGAAAAAAGAAUGUGGUGUUGUGUCCAUCACAGUCUAACAGUUUAUUAAGAUAUUUUAAACCAAAAUGAUUAUAUGCAUAAUAUAGAGAUGGCUGGUGUAAAACAUUUGUGAUGAUAAAAUAAGGAGGUAAUACAAUCAUAUUCAUGCAUUAAAGAAAUGCACUAUUUUAAAAUGUAAUGCGACAAAAUAGCAUACAAAAACGGACCAUCUUAACAAUAGUGUAAAACUAUUGAUAAUUCCUUUUAAAAGUGAUUAAUACUAUGUAUUCUUGUGUUAAACUAGCAGAUUAAUGUUUUAUUUAGUCCAAAGAGAGCAGUAAGGGAGACUUACUUCCCCUAAAAUGCACAUUAGAUGUGAUGAAUCCUCCAGUUGUUACUACCCAUACUAAAAAAUUGCAAUCCAGUUUGAAACACUUACCCUUGUUCUUGUAUCAACCAAAUGGUAUCCAUUAGGGCAUGGAUGUUCUUGCUGUUAAAACAUAUUUUUUAAACUGGAAAUACAGAAAAUACUGACUUGAAUGGUUGGGCUUGUGAAACUAAUGGAAUAUGGAGAAAAAAAGUACUGCUUUCUUAGUAGUUAGUGUCCCUAACUGCUAGAGGUAAAACACAUGAGUAAUGUGAGCAGAGCAUCAUGUACAGGCAGUUCUAACCCACAAAUAGGCUUUUACUAUUUGUAGCUGGAAUAGCCACCAAGACAGUUGUCAGCAUUUCCAGCCAUUGAUUAGGCUAGGCUCCAGUUUGGCAAGAUACUUAAGAACAUGCAUAACUACUUUGCUGAUUUACCUCAAUAUGGAUUUUAGGAAUAAGAUGUUCCCCGGGUUACGCAAACCUGACUUACGGAAAAAGUUCUGUAAGCUUUUUUUUUUUGCGUAAUUGUCGGAAAAGUAUAAUUUAAAAAAAUCUUGGCCAAUGAAGACUGAUUACAAAAUUGAUGUUUAAAUGUUAGCUAAUUAUUCUUGCAAAGUAACUUGUAAUAAACACAUUUAGAGUUGUUAA